AAAAAAAAAAAAAAACUUCAAAGAGAGAGAGAGAUGAAUGCUCUUGAGAUGCUUUGUCCCUUGUUAUCAUCCCAUAUUCGAAAUACCAAACUUUCCAUUAAUGGCAUCGAACUUCUCCAUCUCCCAUGAUCCUUCUUCCUCCACGUCUCUCCUUUCUCUCCACACCCAAAACUCCAUCUUCCCCUCAAAGGAUAAAGUAAAGCACUUUGAGAGAACCCAGUUGAAAAUUCACUCUCUUUUCAGAAGAAAAGCUGCAAACUUUGAAACGAUGGCAUCAGAGAAGACACAUGGACUAACUCAGGAAGCUAAUGACUUCACUUAUGAAGCUAUGAUUGAUAGUGAAAACAACACUGAUGUAUUCGACGACAUGAAACAACGGUUCCUCGCCUUCAAGAAGCUUAAGUACAUGGAUAACUUAGAGCACUACAAGAAGCUUGCAGAUGCUCAAUCUCCAAAGUUUCUGGUGAUUGCUUGUGCAGACUCUAGGGUUUGUCCUUCAGCCAUCCUCGGAUUUGAACCUGGUGAAGCUUUCACUGUUCGUAAUAUUGCAAAUUUAGUACCUUCUUAUGAGUCUGGACCUACUGAAACCAAAGCUGCUCUUCAAUUCUCUGUGAAUACUCUUGAAGUGGAGAACAUCUUAGUUAUUGGUCAUAGCCGUUGUGGAGGAAUUCAAGCUUUAAUGAGCAUGGAAGAUGAAGGAGACUCCAGAAGUUUCAUACAUAACUGGGUGAUUGUUGGGAAAAAGGCAAAGGAGAGCACAAAAGCUGUUGCUUCAAACCUCCAUUUUGAUCAUCAGUGUCAACAUUGUGAAAAGACAUCGAUAAAUCAUUCAUUAGAAAGGCUGCUUGGUUAUCCAUGGAUAGAAGAGAAAGUGCGUAAAGGAUCAUUGUCACUCCAUGGUGGGUACUAUGACUUUGUAAACUGUACAUUUGAGAAAUGGACCCUCGAUUAUGAAGGAAGCAGAGGCAAGAAUGGGAUUGCUGUUAAGAACCAAUCAGUUUGGUGAUGACUAGUGACCAUCUCAGUCUUCUUUAGGGUUGUCUUUUAUAGUUUUGAGAACUCAUCAGAGACCAUUUUCUUGCAGUUGUGUGUUGAAAAAUAUCAUUUUCUAACUCUACGUUUCAUUGAAGUUUAAAAUGUGAAAGAUCCAUCUCUUCAGGGACUUGAGUUUAUG